CUUCGCAAUCCAGACCACUCCGUUAUCAUGGCCACAGACCUUCAAAAGUAUCAGAUGGACCACCCAUCUACGUCUCAAUACACUUACCAUCCCCUCCCCCCCGAUUCCAACGCAAUCCGCGUGCUCCGCUUACUCCCGAGUAAAGAUAAGGCUGCCCCUAUCGAAUGUGAGCUGGUGGAAUACCUCCUCCCCGAGUCAGAAUCUGGAAUUCAUCCAUAUGAAGCAUUGUCAUAUGUCUGGGGCGCUGGAAGCAAACCGCAAUCGAUCUUCAUCAACGGCCACACACUGCAGGUAACAGGGAAUCUCCAUGCCGCUCUUCUGCAUCUUCGAGACCAUGGUCUCGAGCGAAUACUCUGGGUUGAUGCAGUCUGUAUCAACCAGAGUGAUGAAAAAGAGAAAUCGCAUCAAGUUCCACUAAUGGGGGCAAUCUACGGUCAAGCCGGAAAUGUCAUUGUUUGGCUUGGAGAGGAGGAGAACCGGAGCAAUGAGGCAAUGGAGAGCAUACGGCUUGCCGCGCAGGAUGAAAGAGACUUGGUCAAUGUGAGUAUGAACCGGUUCCUACGAAAGGUUCAUGGAAAGGAUCCGGAAAUUCCAUCCGUGUGGAAUCAGGAAUCUAAUACGGGGGCAACAAUGAUGCUAUUGCAACGGACUUGGUUUCGGCGCAUUUGGGUACUCCAGGAAGUUGGUCUCGCGCGGUCUAUCUUGAUUGUCAGUGGUGCAGCCAAACUAAGCGGAUACGCUUUUGUUCUCGGCUUGCAGAGAAUGGAUCUUCCCUAUAAGAACCAUCCAGGACUAGAGGGCCUCGUCACAUCUGUCUUCGAUCUUAUCAAAGGCUCGAUCUUCCGCUCCGCGUCUCAAGCACACCCCGGGAACCUCUCCAUCGAUGAACUCAUCGACAGGUAUCAUACCCACGAGGCAACCUGGAACCAUGACAAGGUCUAUGCACUGCUUGGCCUGAGCUCCGAUCCUGAUACACCCGCGCUAAAGCCUAACUACGAGCUCUCAUGGGAUAGAGUCUUUCGGCAUCUUAUUGAAUACAUUAUCCCUGGCGCUGUCUCCGUGACUACAUGGUCUGACAAGGAGGUAGCAGUUCUCAAAACCAAAGGCUAUAUUCUGGCCAUGAUAGAUUCAGUUCAGAGUCACAACUCCAAGACCAAGGUCACUCUUGUCUCGAAAAAGUCUUCAAGGAAACCUACCGUAAAGGACGAAUGGAUAAUUCAACCUUCAGCAGAACCCAUUCAGGAAGGUGACAUUGUCUGUCUGCUGCAAGGAGCCUCGAAGCCGAGCAUCAUCAGGCCUUAUCGAGACUACUUUGCUGUUAUCAUGAUCGGCACCACUUUUGAAUAUGUUUCCACACACCUGCGGGUUAAGGAGUUUGAUCCUGCACAUCAUGCCAGGGGAACUUCUCUUCAUCAUCUCCUCCUCGUCUGGAACUGGGAAACACGCAGUGGUGAUACACAUGAAAAGGAGCUACAACUCGUCACUCCCCAGGACCCGUACGCGAGUGGGACAUCAACCCAAGACAUCAGCAGUUUUGCUCCAAUUUGGGAAGACAUUGUUGAGACCGCAGCCAGGGGCAGGGUAAAGAGAAUGGAGGUUCUCUUCGAAAUCCUGGGCGAUGACCUCCCCAUCACAAAAGCAGCAGUUGUGGCUGCAGCUGAAAACUAUGAAAUCGGCACAGCACUCCUCAAACUUCUUUUUAAACGAAAGGGGGAGAACUUACCAAUCACCCUCGAUGUUGUGAUAGCAGCAACACGAGUGGUUUCCAACGUCGAACGGAUGAAGCUCCUGCUGGAACAAAGGGGCGACGAAAUACCCAUCACCGAAGAGGUCCUCAAGAUAGGUAUAGGGACCUACUAUGGGUAUGAACUAAUGAAGCUCCUGGUGGCUGAAAGAGGCAAACACCUUCCGAUUACAGACGAGGUACUCAAAGUAGCUGCGCAAGAUUACCGGAGAGAAGGGAUAUUCAACCUCUUCUUGGAAACCAGGGGUAAGUCCCUAUCCAUAUUAGCGGAGCUGGAACUUCUCGAGGCUAUGGAUAGUGCAACUUCUACUGGAACGAGGUAAAACACUACCUAUAGGAGAAGUGGUGCUGCAAAAUAGGAGCACUAAACAUGAUUUUGUAUCGAAGACAAAGAAAGGAGUGUUUUGCAAAGAGUUUUCGCCGAGAUCUUCCGGUGAAGCGUCUCUCCGAGGGAUCUAAAAUGUUCGAAAAUCAUACCACAACUAUAUUCUUCUUCGAUAAAUCUCCUUUUCAAUGGAAAUUCCCUCACAGAGCACCAAUAUCUAUGGAUACCUUCCGUAUACGAUGCGAAGUUCCCAAAUCUUUUUCCGUCUUUUACAGGUUACACAUGGAUCAUUCCUACAAUCGAUAAAUCUGACGAAUCAUACAAGCGCAUCAUCAUCAACCCCUCAGGUAUUUCGCUAU